GCCAAAAAAAAAGAAAAAGAAAAGACAAAAAAAAAAGACUUUGAAGAGAAUGUCCGAAGGGGAUGAUGAAAUCACGAGGCUAUUCAAAGUGCGUCGCACGAUGUUGCAGAUGCUGAGGGAUCGAGGUUACAACAUAGAAGAACCUGAUUUGAACUUGAAUAGAGAAGAGUUUGUUCAAAAGUUUUGUAAAGCUGUGAACAAAGUGAACAAGGAAGCUCUCUUCGUCUCAGCCAAUAAGGGGCCAAAUCCAGACGACAAGAUUUACGUAUUCUACCCGGAAGGGCCUAAGGUGGGAGUCCCAGUGAUUAGAAAGGAAGUGGUGAUAAAGAUGAGAGACGAUAAAGUUCCUAGAGGGAUCAUAGUUGUUCCAUUGCCCAUAACUGGUGCUGCCAAAAGCGCCCUGUUAGAGGUCAACAAGGUUCUAACAAUUGAAGUCUUUGAGGAAGCCGAACUGGUGACCAACAUCACUGAGCAUAAACUAAUCAACAAGUACUAUGUACUUGACAAUCAAGCCAAGAAGGAAUUACUCAAAAAGUACACAGUGCAAGAUACACAGUUGCCUCGCAUCCUCGUCUCUGAUCCUGUUGCUAGAUACUAUGGACUCAAACGUGGACAAGUUGUCAAGAUCAGAAGAAGCGAUGUUACUUCUUUGGACUAUUACACCUACCGUUAUGCCGUUUAA